AUGGAUGCUGGUAGUCGUAGACCCACUUCAAUUUUCCAUGAAUUUUUAGCAGAAACUCUUCUGCGUUCUCAAGAAUCAAACACCAUUUCACUACGCCUCGCAUCAGAAGAUUCACAACAGCGAUCAUUCGUAAUGGGUUGUGCUAAAUCAUCGGAAGCUGAUGAACGCCAAGGUGGUGGUAACAGACUAAGAAGACCCAGGCCAUGGCGACACGAGGGCAAUCGGGUUUCAUGGAGUGAGCUUCACGAGAUGCGCACCACCUUCUGGCGUAAUGCCCCACGUUACGCCGGCCGAGCAGCAAUUUGGGAAGCCCUUGAAGCAGCAGCUGAGUGCGACUUAACCUAUGCACAAAGAAUUCUCGACAGUAAUGGCAUUAGAUAUCCAAAUGGUGACAUGACACUUUGCAUUGAUGAUGAAGGUACAAGGUAUGAGUUACCGCCAUACCUUUUGAGUGAGCCGACAAAUAUGGACCGUGGUGCUGCGAACAUGAUUGGUCGCAUUUUGAGAAGGAGGUAA